AUGAAUAUCUCCAAUAUUAAUAAUCUCUCAUAGCUUAUAUAGGAAAAGGAAGAGAAGCAUUUUACAUUUCGUAAGCUUGAACAUUAAGACGUCCCAUAAAUUCAAUCUUUAAUGUCCAAUCAGUUUCUUAACUAUAACCCAGCAUUUAAGAUUGUAUAACUAACUGAGCAAGACAUACAAAGUUGUUUUACAAAAGAACUUUUGUAAGAAUUUUAAAUAUUUUAAAUAGUGAUUCGAUAAUUCAAGAGAAGCUUUCCUUCGGAGCAUUUAAAUAAGAUAUGUUAGUGUCUGCAUGCUUAACUUACGAUUUAGGAUUUAACGAUAACUAAUAAGACACGCUAACACUAAACCUAACCGAAAGAAUGCAAGAAAUUAUCGAUAUGAAUGACUUAUUGUUGGGAAAGUAUGCUAAUAACAGAGAAAUCAAGUUGAAAUAAAUUGCAUAUGUGAGCCAUUUGGCUACAAAAUCUGAUUAUUUUCAUCAAUAAUUAGCAUUAUGCUGUUGCUUUUUGUCAGUUCAAGAAUGUAGUAAGCUUGGCUUUCAAUAAAUGAUCACUGUGGCAGAGCAUGUAGCUACCUAAAAAACAUUUGAGAAAAUUUUCAAAACAAUUGAAGUGAUUAAAGAAAUUUCAGAUUUCAAAAAUUAGCCAAUCGUUAUACGAUCCUUUAAUUGUUCGAUAACAUCUUAAUGAAAGAUAAAUGUAUAAAUCAAACAAG